AUUUUUCUUCUAUAUUCUAGAAUAUUUCUUCUUUAAAAUUGAGAGUGGAGAAAAACUAAGAAAGGCGCGAGAAGAAGAAAGCUAAAAAUGGAGGGAAAGUGGAUGAGUUCCCAAUCACAGUCACCGAACUUCCACGUACUUGCCAAGAUCAAAGAGUUCACUCGAUCUAUCGUCACUGACCUCAGCAACGGUCAAUCGCCGGUCAUCCUCAUCCACCGUUUCAGGAAUCACUGCACUAAUCCCAAUUCCAAUUGCUUUUGCGGCUCCAAUCUACCUUGCGGGAAGGAUGUUCUCACUCUCUGCAGGGAAUCACACGUACACAGAAUAGAUGUGAUGUUGAAAGUGCUACUCAUUGUUCAGAAACUUUUGCAAGAGAACAGGCAUUGUUCCAAGAGGGAUAUUUAUUACAUGCAUCCUUCUGUGUUUUCAGAUCAGUCAGUUGUAGACCAUGCAAUUAAUGAUAUAUGUGUCCUUAUGCAGUGCAGUCGCCAUAACCUUAAUGUGGUUUCUGCUGGGAAGGGGUUAGUUAUGGGAUGGAUAAGAUUCUUUGAAGGAAAAAGGCUGUUUGACUGCAUCAGUUCUCCGAACAAGGUUCACCCUAUUCCUGUUCAUGUUGAAGAAGUUAAAGAUAUCAUUAGUGUUGCUCACUACAUAUUAGUCGUUGAGAAAGAAUCAGUUUUUGAAAGACUAGCAAAUGACCAGUUCUGCAGUGCAAACCACUGCAUCGUGAUCACUGGAAGAGGCUACCCGGAUAUUCCUACAAGAAGGUUUCUGCGUCUUCUAGUUGAGGAUUUGCACCUGCCUGCAUAUUGCUUGGUUGAUUGUGAUCCCUAUGGCUUUGACAUCUUAACCACUUACAGAUUUGGUUCCAUGCAAAUGGCUUAUGACACAAAACAUCUUCGUGUCCCGGAGAUACAAUGGCUUGGAGCUUAUCCUUCAGAUGCUGAGAGAUAUUUUAUUCCAAAGCAGUGUCUACUUUCUCUAACUGCUGAAGAGGAAACUUGAAGCCAUGUUGCUUAGAUGCUACCUGCAAAGGGAUGUGCCACAAUGGAGGUUGGAGCUAAAGAUGAUGCUGGAGAAAGGAGUGAAGUUUGAGAUUGAAGCAUUAUCUGUGCAUGCUCUUUCAUUCUUGUCAAUGUCUUACCUGCCAUCUAAAAUUCAAGGUAAAAUGAUUAUUUAGCAUUUUUGAUAUAAAAUGUUGAGCUCAGUGCAUGUUCAGUUCAUCAGGUAACAUUUAUUAGGCUGCAGUCCAAGUUCGGAUAUUUUUUGGUCUGAUCCAUAGUUCUUAUCGGACUGGGCUCAUCAGGGGCAGUGGGUCUGUCUGGAAUCUUUGGGCCCAUGUUAAUAGCUAGCUAAAGAGACAGAUUACUAGACUUGACUUUCAUAGCUUUGUUUGUAACCGUUUUCUUUGUCUAGUUACAGAGUUAACAAUUUUGUAUUAUGUUCCCGACAAAAAAAAAAUUGUAUUAUGUUUACUUUCCU